AUGAAGUCCCCCAGUGCUGUGAUCUGCAGGGAGAACCCGGCUCUGAACGUUUACCCUUAUGGCUCUGAACAGGAUGGCUGGGAAGAGGCCAGGGAUGAGGACGUGAAUUCAGCCCAGAUCAACUGCACCAUAAGCCACCUGGAGCAAGCUGGUUGGUACUGGGGUCCCCUCACAGCAGCAGAGGCCAGACGCGUUCUCUGCCCUUCCCUGGAAGGCUCCUUCCUGAUGCGUGACAGUUCCAGCCCAGACAACCUGCUCACCCUGUCGGUCAAAACCUCUGUCGGGCCCACCCACAUCCGGAUCUGCUACAGCGCCGGCCGCUUCGGCUUCGACUCGUCCGUCCUGGCCAAGCCCAAGCUCCAGAGCUUCAAGGACGCCAUGGCCUUGGUCCAGUUCUACUCCCUGGCCUCGCUGAAGCAAGCCGAAUGGCUGGGGGCGUCGGAGCAGGAGACCACGUCCGUGUCCAAGGAUCCGGCCAUUCACCUGAAACUGAUCAAGCCCCUGUAUGUCUCUGUGCCGGCUUUGCAGCACCUGUGCAGGCUAGCUAUCAACAGGAGCACUCGGCAGGUCUCGGCUCUGCCCUUGCCUGUGAGGCUCAAGGACUACCUGCUGAAGUACCCAUACGUGCUCUGA